AUGUGUCUCAAAAUCAUUGCAGUUAUGGACGUUUUCAAUCAAGUUCGCAUGUUGUAUGGCACAAUCAUUGACCAAUGUACCAAUGAGAAUUGUCCGCAGAUGACAGCAGGACCAACCUAUGAGUACUUCUGGACAGAAAAUGACAGAAUGUAA